AAGCCGACGCCGAUUACGCCUCCUCCUCCUCCAAUUCUGAUCCCGGAUCUCAUCCCCAUCCCACCUCCCUCUCCCUGGCCUAUAUAAAAACGCGAGGCGGAGGCCGGCGCACGCCGCCAUUUGAACCCUUCUCCCUGAGUCCCUGACCCCGCCGCUUUUCCCUAUCCCUGGUCGUGCAGCGAGCGAAUUGCUGGAGUACUAGCUUUGGUUUGGUUUGUUUCCGCUUGCGCGAGGGAGCCGCACGCUCUUUGCAUGGCGGCGGAGGCCACAUCUUCGAUGGCCGCGGGGUUGUACGGCCGCCUCAACAGGAGCAGCACGCGCGGGUUCCUCGCCUACGUCGCCGCCGCGGGCGCCUGCGCCGCCGUCCUCGCCUGCUUCGUCGUCUCCUCCGCCGACCCGGCUGCCGCCUCCAAUGGCGCCCUCCGCCUGUCCUCGCGCUCGGCGCGCGUCUGGCCCGAUCUCGAAUUCAACUGGCGGUUGGUGGUGGCCACCAUCGUCGGGUUCCUCGGCUCGGCGUUCGGCACCGUCGGCGGCGUCGGGGGCGGCGGCAUCUUCGUGCCCCUGCUCAACCUCGUCCUCGGCUUCGACACCAAGUCCGCCGCGGCGCUCUCCAAAUGCAUGAUCAUGGGGGCCUCGGCCUCGUCUGUGUGGUACAACCUGCAGGUGUCGCAUCCGACCAAGGAAGCGCCUGUCCUUGACUACAAACUCGCCCUACUCUUCCAGCCCAUGCUCAUGCUCGGUAUCACCAUCGGUGUCGAGCUGAGCGUGGUCUUCCCCUACUGGCUCAUCACCAUCCUCAUCAUAAUCCUAUUCGUAGGUACUUCUUCGCGAUCCUUCUACAAAGGGAUUCUCAUGUGGAGGGAAGAGACGAGGAUUCUGAUGGAGACUCAGGAGCGAGAAGCACAAUCCAAGUCUUCCUCUGCUGUCAGCGAUGUGGUUCUUGGCACUAGUUAUGAAGAGCCCCUCCUGCCUCAGCCUAAGCCCACGGAGAAGUCUGGUCUGGAGACUUUGCUGUUCAAUUUGAGGUGGAAGAAUAUUCUAGUGCUAAUGGCUGUUUGGUCAUCUUUCUUGUUCCUGCAAAUCCUCAAGAAUAACUCCAAAACAUGCAGCACUUUUUACUGGGUCAUCAAUAUUCUGCAGGUUCCUGCUGCAGUAAGUGUCUUCCUGUGGAAGGCUGUGCAACUGUGCAGGGAGAGCCGCGCCCGGCGCAUGAACGGUAACUUGGAGUGUGUCUGCGAGGCCUCCAUUGAGUGGUCACCAACACAGCUCGUCUUCUGUGCCUUUUGCGGUCUGCUGGGUGGUACAGUUGGCGGUCUUCUAGGGUCUGGAGGGGGCUUCAUCCUCGGCCCGCUUCUUCUUGAGCUCGGAUGCAUACCUCAGGUCGCGAGUGCAACAGCAACAUUUGUGAUGAUGUUCUCCUCAUCCCUCUCUGUGGUUGAGUUCUACUUCCUCCACAGGUUCCCAAUCCCUUACGCUGCCUACCUAAUCUUCAUUUCCAUAUUGGCUGGAUUCUGGGGCCAAUGUUUGGUCCGGAAGAUCGUUCUUGUGCUCAAGAGAGCAUCGUUGAUUGUCUUCAUCCUCUCAUCCGUCAUCUUUGCAAGCGCUGUUACCAUGGGUGUUGUUGGGACCGAGAAGAGCAUUUCGAUGAUCAACAACCACGAAUACAUGGGGUUCCUCGGCUUCUGCGAGUAACCAAGUAUACCCGGGAGAAUCCAGGCCAAUACCUAAUUGACCUCUCCUCCCAAGGACAGUGGAAAUAAAAAUGCCGUGACGGGUGUCCCACGCGUUAGCUCCUCGCUAACGUGCAAAGCACCUGCCGGGCGAUUGAAAACGUAGCAGUGAAGUCUGUUAAUGUCAUGCACGCGUUAGCUCCUGGCUAACCCGCAUGUGGUCUUGUGGCGUCGUGUGAGACUGCGUGCUUUUUUUGUCAUGCAUGUGUUAGCUCCUGGCUAACCUGCAGAAAUGUGUUGGUUGUAGGGCUCUUCUUUGGUUUUUGUCCAUCCAUUCAUUCAUGCGCUAGUUAGCUCCUGGCUAGCUACCAUGCAAACUUUUACCAUAUUGGGUUUUGUAAAUAUAUCAGCCAAUUGUUGCGCUUUUGGAACUAUUAUUCUGCAGCAUUUCCAGCCGCUUCAGUCGUA